AUAGCGAUGUAACAAAUGAGUUAGUCUUUACCUCAAAAUGUCGGCUCUCGCACGUUGUGCCCGGUACUCCAAGCAUUUUAGCCGUUCAUUUCAAAGUUACUGUAGAAACACAGCAACGAGCUACCUUAAUCGACAGGAAAAUUUGUUUGGCAAGUUGCAAGCUCCAUAUUCACGAAGGCUUGGAGUGACCAAGAGGUUAUAUACCGUAUUAAGUGGAGAAAAUAAUGCUGUCAAUUAUGAUGAAGUGAAUACCAAAGAGGAAACAAACCUAGACUCACAAAAUGAAAAUGCCAGCAGAAGGAGAGUUUUGAAGUACUCUGAAAAUUACCCAGCAAGCAAUUUCUGGAAGAAUUAUGAUUUCAGCGUCAAAGAAAGAGAUCUGAAUUUUACAAGUUCUUGCAGGAAGAUAUAUCAUGACAUCUUUACUAAAAAAUUUGUGACAAUCGAAAGAUUCCAUGAAUUAAUGGCAAUCGCUGAGCAGCAAGAUACAUUUACAGAGGAUGAGUUGUUGCUAUUAUUUAGUUCUCUAGGAAGGGAAAAUAAAGAUAUAACAGAAGCAAUGAGAAAUAAGUGGACAGAAUACCUCAUUGAACGGUUUCACACAUUAAAUAUACCAUUAGAUGUAUCUCAUUACAAUGAGGCAUUGAGGAAUUAUCUUAUUGGCAAUCAUAGAUUUUCACCGGUGAAAUUUUUGUCCGAAAUGGAAAAACAUGGAGUCACUCCAAAUGUUUUUACCUUAUCAAGAGUUGUAUCUGCAUAUUGUAGAAUGGGAGAUGUAAAGUCAGCUGGGCAAAUUUUGGAGCACAUGCGCAAAGCAAAAUUUGUAGUAAAUGAAUACACAUACAGACAUUUGAUAAAAGGAAAUUUUUUGGCAGGGGAUGCAGAGACUGCUAUGAAACUUUUUGACAGCAGCAAUGAUUUGGGAUUUGCACAAGACUCAAAAAUGUAUGAAGCUGUGAUCACAGGAUAUGCCAUGCUUGGAGAUUUAGAUGGAGUGAAGGAGAUGCUGGAUAGAGCAAAAACCGACCUGGUCCUUCUGCCCAAUUUAACAGGUACAGUUCUACAAGCUUUGGUACAAGAUAUAGGCAAACCAAGGCACCAAGAAAUCAUUGAUUAUUUUACAUCAGAAAUACCAGAGUCUGGAAAGUGGGAACAUACCAUAGUAAAAACAAUAAAGUCACUUAUGGAGAGUGGUCAUCAUGACUUGGCAUUCAACUAUUUUUCCAAAGUACCCGGUACAUGUAGAGAUCUGAUCAAGGCAGCAAUUAAUGUACAAUUGGGAACAGCAGAUGUAGUCAAAUAUAUAGAAAUGAUGAAAAGACUUGGUUUGAAGGAAGCAUCUUUCUCUUAUUACUUCACCAGUGCUAUCGAGAAAUUUCAAUAUGAAUCAGCAAUUGCAAUUCUUCCUCAUGUAGUAGCUGAGAGAUCUAUGCGCUCAGAAUUCAUUUGGCCACUGGUCAGAUAUCACUGUAUAAUGAAGAACCCAGAAGGAAUGGAGGAAUUAGUGCCUUUUGUGCAGAACAAUGAUUAUAUAUCUGUUAUAAAUUGGCUAGAACCAAAUUUAAGACAGUUUGGAAGAAACAUAGAUGACAUUGGAAGGCUUCUAAAGAAAUCUUCAAAUUUUAAUGAAGGACAAGUAAAUGCACUAAUGAUUUAUAUGAAGAAAAGGGGUAUCAACUGGAAAGAAUCGGCUGAAUAUGCUAGGUCCUGUGAACUGGUUGAAGAUAUCAAUGAUGGUAUGUACUGGUUAUUGACGCCACUAAUAUCAACAGAAUUAAGAGAAGAGAACUGGCGGGAUAUCGCAGAGGUCGCCUGUCGUAUGAAGAAGAACGACACGGCCGGCUUUCUUUGGAAUGUACAAAAAGUUGCAGAUCUUAAGGAACUGAAAGAUUAUGUUCUGGAAAAGUUGUCUGCCCACAUAGCCCAAUGGGUAAUAUCUGGUCCAGAGAGGGCGUUCUCACGGGAUUUCAAAGAACUGUUUAGCCCAGAGGAAUUGGAAACAGUUGCAAAAAGGAGAUACACACAUGAUGAGCUUAGGGCAAUGAAUCUUUCUGAACUUUUGGAGGUUUAUGAAUUAAUGAAAGACUCCUUUGUGUACAAGAUAAUAUUAAUGAGGACAAGCUUUCAAAGCGAGGACUGGAAGACAUACAAGAAUGUAUUAAACUCAAUACAAUUUGAUCCAUCGAAAACAGAUAUGAAUAUAUUUACAGAAGUUGCUUACUACUAUGCAGUAGUUGAAGGUGACAUUCUUAAAAGCUGCGAGACUAUUGCAAUGAUGGACAAAGGUCCAUUCGCAAUCCCUAAUUUUGAUAUCACAGUGAAACUUUUUCAAACACUUUGUGAAAAUGGAAGAUUGGAAGAUGCUACAAAGCUGAUAAAAGGGAUGACAUUCAACUUUCCCUUUCUUCAAGAUGGAGAAUCUGGAAAAAAAGCAUGGCUCAACCUGGAACCAACACCACAAAAUAUAAAGAAAGUAAAGAAACUGAUGACUACAUUAUCUGAUAAAGGAUACUUCAAGAACAGGAUCUUUAAAAAUAACUGUUUAAAGAAUUACUGGGAUUUCAUUUGUGGCAGUGAGGAUUUCAGUGAAGUGACGCACCACUAUGAUUAUUUGAGCAAAACUUAUGAAUAUCAACCAAAUCAAUUUGUGCAAGUGUUUUCCAGUUACAUCAAGAAAGGUGACAAAACUAGUCUUCAAGCUGCAUUUGACAAGUUAACAGAUUAUGUUCCUGAACAGAAAGUGUUAGUUAACUUAGCUGCUGCUUUUAUAGAGAAUGAAGAGAUUUCAAAAGCCAAAAAAGUAUUAAUGACUCCAGGUUUGAGAAUCAGAGGUGAUUCUGCAAGACAUAUUGUUGAACGAUGGGCCAGAAAUGGACAGCCGAAACAUAUUGAAACAUUUGGAAGUCUGUGCAGUUCACAUCCAGGUGAUGUAGAUAUCGUGCAAAUGAGGUCAUUGCAACUGCAAGCUUUUUGUAACCAGAAAAAUCCUGAUGUAGAUGCUUGCAUCUCGUUCUUUGAGAGAUACUUUGAGUAUGAUGAUGAUAUAGAGGUUGAUGUGAAUACCUUGAAAUUCUAUGCUAAUUUUCUAAGGAAACACAGGCCUGAGAAGAAAUUGGAUACUUUCUUUUUAAACAUGAUAGAAAGUGAUAAGGAGAGAGAGAGAUUUACAGAACGUUCAAGGUAUCGAAAGGUUCAGCGAUCAUUAUCAAAUGAAGAAAAACCAAAACAGGAGAAAACAGAACUUCCAAAGGUUAAAAAGGUUGUGGCAUCAUCGUCAAAUGAAGAAAAACCCAAACAGGAAAAAGCAGAACCUGUUGUGGAUAAAGAUAAGGAAGAUCAGUCCAAACUUUUGAUUGGAGGAGAAAGACUGACUUUUGAUGAAGUACAGGAAAGGUUCCAUGAUAUGACUGAUGAAGAAUUACACGAGAAUCUUCCUAGUGGAGAUAUGGGGACUAGAUUUGUAAAGUUUCUAAAUAGGAAACGUGAUAUAGAUUUGAUGAAGAGACUCCCAGAUGAUUUAACUCAGAAAAUAUUUGCAUCUAACGCAUUAAGGAGAAAAACUGCAUCCAUUGACAUGAUGCAAUUAUUGUAUGAGAGACAUCAUGAUAAAGUUUUACAAGUCAGUGGAGCUGAUGUCAUGUCUGACUAA